AAAAAUAGAAACACCUAAGGCAUGGUGGCUCUGUACAGGUGAACCAUAUACUACUCCAUAGAGCAGAUAUGAAGAUGGACUAUCUUCAUAAAAGCCUGCUCGACGCCUCUCCAAUUUUGAUAUUCAUCCUCUGUGACAGUGCCUGUUCAAGUGAACGGUAGAGGAUACGCUUUCCACUUUGAUAUUAAGCUCUGUCGUCUGCAACUGCUUUUCUACGUCACCAUUGUGCUUUGCUUCAAACCUUCUUGUCAUCGACUAGCCGUCAACUCGUCCUUCAGUUGUCCCAGUUUAGUCGAGACUGUCAAUACAAAGACAUGUCAAGCGCAAGGGCUUCGGCCUCUGGCCCAUCCACUAGGGAGGACAGUUCUUCUGACGCGUCUGAUUCCGAAUCGCCUGUUGAAGAAACGACCCGUAGAACCAAGUCGUACCAGAGAUCACGCUCAGGCUGUUUUACGUGUCGGGCCAGGAGAAAGAAGUGUGACGAGACACGCCCGAUUUGCAGAUCGUGUAAAAAGCUUGGACUCAAAUGCGACUAUAAACCCCCGAGGUGGUGGCCCAACACCGAGAACCGGCGAAAGCAGAGGGACAGACUCAAAGAGAGGGUCCGUCAAUCGAAGGUUAUGGAGAAGGAAGGAACUAUAAAGGAAUAUGAGGACCGAAUUCGUGCACUCGUGGAGAAGCCAUCCAUAGGAAAUGAUGAUGGCUUCAGCAUUUCGAUGUUUGGUGAACAGCCUAAUCUUUUUGCAGCGCCUGGUUCAGCUCCCAUGGUCCCAUUCGAUAUGAGCGUUCAAACCAAUACCCAGGCUUUCAUCAACAAUGUGCCGUUCAAUCAAGGACUUCCUUUUCCUGCAUACAAUAACUACGGUGGUGUGCCGAACCCACAGAUGCUUCAGCCCACGGCCCAGCUUCCGCAGAUGACCAGUCCACAGCUUCCUCUUCCACAGCUUCAGCUACCAUUCCAAGCUCCGAAUAUGCAAGUUCAAGCACCAAAUGAUCAGGCCCAAACAGCGACUGCGCAGUUCCAUGUUUCUGAAGAGCAGUUGCAGCCGCCAAAUACACAGCUUCAGUCAUCAGCAGACCAGGUUCAACCAGCUACUACCCAGCUCCAGGCACCAACCGAUCAGACCCAGUCAGCCACUGCGUUUCAAUUGUCAACCGGACAAGCCCAGCCGGCUGUCGCACAGUUUCAGGCUCCUACACAGCAGUUCCAGUCACCAGCUCCGCAGCUUCAAACGCCAACUGAUCAUGACCACUCAGCGGCAACGCAGUUUCCAGCCCCAACUGACCAGUCGGCUACUGAAUAUCAAUUGCCAGCCGAACAGAUCCCGUCAUCGGCCGCACAGUUUCAGGCCCAUGGAGAACAUUUCCAGUCUUCUACUCCGCAGCUUCAUCUACCCGAUGGACAAUUCCAGUCGUCUACUGUAGAGUUUCAACCACCCGUUGAUCAGGCUCAAUCGUCAACCACACGGUUCCAAGUCCCAGUUCCCCCAGAGCAAUUCCAGCCCUCUACUCCGCAACUUCAAUCUCCAGUUGAGCAGCUUCAGUCCACUUCGCAGACCCAUCCACCUGCGGAACAAUUUCAACCAUCCGCUGUGCAUCCCCAACCAACAACGAACCAGAUUCACUCAGGGAAUGCGCAGUUCCAGCCACCGGUGGAACAAUUUCAAUCAACUGCGCAAACUCAGCCAUCGACUGGGCGAUUCCCGCCAGGAAAUACUCACUUUCAACCGCCAGCCGAGCAGCUUCAGAUACCGAAUACUCCAUUCCUACCAUCGGCACAGUUUCAGUCACCAAAUCCGCAGUUCCAGCCAACAGUUGCACCAUUUCAAGCGACAGGCUCUCAGUUCCAGCCACUGCCUGCACAAUUUCAGGUCCCAGGAUUUCAGUUUCCCCCGCCAAACAUGCAACUUCAAACACCUGCUUCAAACCCAAACAUGCCCAACAAUAACUGGCUCCAGAAUAACGCAAACUAUGCUCAAUCGUAUAACCCUGCCGGUCCGUAUCCGACCUACAACGCCAUGGGUGCCCCAGGCCCUAUGUAUCAGAACGUACCGUUGUCGUCAAGCCUGCGAAGUUUGAUAUCUGUAGAAGACCGUGACCGACCACUUCUGGACCAUUUUGUCGACAAUGUUCUGCGGUUAAUCUUCCCUGUUAUCGGGGUGCAUCAGGGAGGUGCUUCCUAUAUCGAUGAGAUAUUGAAAAUAAUGCAAGGCAAUCGCUCUUACCUUCAUUGCUGCCUCAGUGCAGGCGCAAUCCACCUGAAGACCAGCAUGGGAAUGGAGGAUCAGAUGGACCAUGACAUUAUGCAGCACCGUUAUGCAGCGAUCUCGCAGCUUAGUCGUGUCUUGAGCCGUGGCAGCGGCCACAUGCAGAUCUUGGAUGCAACACUUGCAAUGAUCCUGUACCACUGCUCCGUGGGAACGACAGAUGAUUACUUGCCAGAUGUCUCGUGGACCACCCAUUUCCAAGCAGUGACAAGCAUAGUUAAGAAGCUCAACUGUGCGCCGAGUCAAUUCAACAUAUCUCUUAUAACAUGGAUAGACAUUAUGGGCGCUACCAUGCAGGGGAAAACACCGGAGUUUUCCCAUACACACCGCACUAAGCAUUUGAGCGCUACUCAGUCUGGCCUCCAACAGCUGAUGGGAUGCGACGACCGUGUCAUGUACCUUAUCUCGGAGAUUGUGUGUCUGGAAGCCCUGAAGAUAGAGACCAACAUGGAUGAGUUGACUAUCUACAGCCAUGUCUCUGCGCUGACCGCUCAGAUUGAUUUCACUGAGCCAACCGAUCGGAGUCUUCAACCACCCUAUGAUGCCAGUGGCGCCGUCAGGCAAGAUAUGUUGACCAAAAUCAUAACCACCCUGUACCGCAUCGCGGCCCGCAUCUAUCUAUUCAGCCUGACGCCCGGAUUUGAUUUCAAUGAGCCUUCUGUUGUCAGUCAAGUUGCGCGUGUGGCAGAGAUUCUGCAAUAUAUGCCAUCAGGGCCCAAAGGAUUUGACCGCUGCCUUGUGUGGCCGUUGUUUAUUGUCGGAGUACAUUCAGUGCACACCAGUGUGUUCCGGAAAACAUUGGCUGAAAGGGUCGCGGCUUUGGGUUAUAUGAGCGAGUUUGGAAGCUUCGGUCGGAUGUAUCGUGUGCUGAAAGAGAUUUGGAAAGAGACAAAGCCGAAACCAAAGGGCAAGGCAAUUGCAAAGGGGAAAGGGAAAGCGAAUGCGAAUGCGAAAGGGAAAGGGAAAGCGAAUGCAAAUACAAAUGCGAAGGGGAAAGGGAAAGCGAAUGCCAAAUCCAAGAGGCCGGUCUCUGACUCGGAUGACUCAGAUACCUCUGAUGAGUCUGACUUGGAGUCGGACGAGGAAACUCCAGCACUUGCUAGUAGCUCUACAGCUGCUGGAAAGGACAAGCCCGGCGAGGACAAGCCUCAUUGGCGGGAAAUCAUGCGACGCAAUAAAUGGAAUUACCUACUGAUGUAGAGGCAUAACGCGGCCUCAUGGAUAGCAGACGAUGAGAAAACGACAUGGUUCACCCUGCGAAGGGACAUCAGGUAAACGAUAUGCAGCCUGGUUGCUCGACUUACCCACAGGAGGAACAGCAGCGCUAUUUGACUUGUUCGGCUUUUGUCAUUGUUGCUCCCCUUCCUCAGCCAC